AUGCUCGCACGGGGUUUGUCGGAGCUACAGCUUGAGGAAGACAUUGAUGUUACCGGAGCGAAGCCGGAAGAAGGUGCAGAUGCUCCUGCUCCUGCUGUCCCCGAGGCAGCGCCAGAAGAUGACACUUCCAAGAAGCCGAAGCCCGCCCCGAAGAAAUCCAGCCAACCAAGCAGACACAAAGCCGGAAACUCUAAGGGCACUCGUGUGUGUGCUGCAUGUGGGCAGAAAAAGCCAGAGAGCGAGUUCGCCUUGAACCAACGGGUGGACAUGAGCUGCAAGCGAUUCCUCGAUAACAUCUACAAGCAAGCAAAGGCUCAGGGACCGCAGGCCCUUGAGUGGUUCGCGGAAACAAAAGCGGACCCCGCCAAAUGCAAGAAGAUGAUCGAAAGCUAUGGUGCUGCCUACAAGACCUGGUGCUCCACCGGGAAGCAGGGCAAGGUGAAGUGGUCCCUCGUGCAGUACAAGGAAACACUGGAAGCAGAAACUGGUGUUCAGCUUUCGGAGAAUCAGCAGCUCAUGUGGGAACGACAGGCGGUACUUUUCUCCCAAAGCAUUGCCGGCGGCGCCUAUACGGAAGAGGAGGCCCAGGCAAAGUGGGAUAGUCUGUCCGCCAAGGUGAAGGAAGGCACAGUGAUCUCGGACCUCAAAGGCCCCGCGAAAAAGCCACUUCGCAUAGCCAUCACCCGCGAAGAUAUGGUGUACAAUUUCAAUAAGAUUGCCAAGAAACGCUCUUUGGAGUUCCAGGACAAGGCCCAGAAGAAAAUGGAUGAAGCCGGCAUUCAGAAGCAGCUCAAACGUGUCAUGAGCAAUCACGACUCGGUUGGAGGCUCCGCACUCCCCCAAUCAUCCGAGGAGAUGGCACAGCUCAUGGUUAGCGGAGGAGCGGGGGCUGCCUUCGAUGCAGCCAACAUACAAGUUGGGGAUGUUCGCAACCUCCUGCCGGAGGAGAUGGAUGUCGAUGCGAAGGGCGAGGCCAACGACGAGGACAAGGAGAAGCCGGCUGUGGAUGACGAGGAGAGUGGAGAUGAUGACAAGAAGCGACCGAAGUGGUUUGACAAGGAUCGUGCCAUCAAUACCGCGCAAAGGUUUUUGCUUGCCCAAGAGAAGAAGUUGAAGGAGACGUAUGACCAGCGUGUCGAAGGCCUGACCUCUCACUUGGAGCACAUCCGGGGAUUGGAUGCCGAGGACCGGGGGCAUUACAAGGGCGAAGAGAAAAUCGCUACGGUGAGGUUGCAGUUCCUCCAGGCCCUCGAUGGAAAGGCAUCCGACCUCAGCGACUUGAUCGAGUCAUUCACAUCGACGGCUUCGCCAACCAAGGGCGUUGGCGCCGGUUCUUUGGGGACCGACGACGGCGGCAGCCUUGCUGCCGUGGUUGCCUUGGGGAAUGCACCACCCUGCAGCCAGUUCAAAGAGCUCCAGAUCUUUGAAAUGCUGUUUAUGUGCAAGGAUGAACUGCUGUCGUGCGAGACUGCGGAUGAGAUUGCCGAAUGCAAGAAGUCGUUUGCCAAGUUGAAAGCCCCCAUUUUGGAUUUGUUGGCAUCUGCUCAGGCCGUUCUGAAUGACAUCAAGAAGGUGCACAAAUUGUUGAAGACGGAGAAGGCCAAGGCAGGUCCUGCGACAUCCAAGCCGACGAAGCAGGAUGCAGCGGCCCCGAAGUUUGCCAUCUUCGAGGACGGCUUCAAGCUUGGAUCGCCAGCAAAUGCCGUGACAGAGGAGACUUUCAAGGAUAUGUCCUGGGACGAGCCUGCGAUCAUCACGUUGGCGAAUGGUACCAUUGCGAACAUCUUCAGUGCCCAGGUGAAGCUGGCACUUGGGCAGCUCAAGAAGCUGUUCAAGACGGCCAGCCAAGCUCGUGCUGAGGUCGCCAUGGACAUGUCUGUCGUGCAGGCCAUCUCCAAGGAGUUGCAGAGCAAGCUCGACGGCAAAGGCAGGUUCUAUGUCGGUAAUGCGGAUGCAAUCCAAACCAGCAGCAAGGACCUCACCACCUUGUUGCACCGCAACCUGUUGACCACCAGCUAUGCCAUUGCCGCGAGCAAUACGACUUUCGCCACCGAGAAGAUGUGUCUGCCUUCCUUUCGGUUUGCCGCCGAGGGAGUACGGCAGGUCGUCCUCCUGCCCUACAGCAAGGUGCUCGAGUACCUGGCUUCGCAGCCGGACAACACAUCUUUGAAGUUCAUCGAUGCACCGUCCAAGCAUGCAGUGACUCAGUGGUUGAGGUUUUGCAGUGUGGAGAAACUACAGGGGCUCUUGGGCGCAGGCUGCAAGUUCUUCACUGCGACCGUGAACCCGUCCGAGAUCUUGUAUGUGCCCGGAGGCUUCGUUUUCGCAGAACAGACCAAAGAUUGCUCCUUUGGCAUCAAAUCACCACUCCUUGUGCACACAGAGGCCACGAAGGCGUUCUUCGAGAAGAUGAAAGCCGCAGAGGGCGAGGGCGUCGGCGAUCAGUCGAAGUUUGCUGAUGGGUUUCUUCAGGCAACAGCCCCUCGCGACAGCAAGGAGCAGCAUCCAGCUGCGGAGCAAGCUGCGGGCUGA